CAUUAGAUUAAAAAAAACUAAGGGCUGUGAUUUGCCAUAACAGUAAUAAGAAAGUCACAAUUUUCUUAGUAAUAAGCGUGAACAGUACGUACUCACUGAGGAAAAAAAAAUCAAAAAUCCAUACCUCUCAUCAUCGAUUGAUUGAUUGCAAACUAAAGUCGAACUUUUCUAUCGAGAUCGAAAUUCAUCCAUCAAAGUAAUUAUCAUCAGAGGAUUUCAUGGAAAUUCAACCUACUAUGGAAGACCAUAAUCAACAUACUCCAAUAAUACAAGUAGCAGCUCAAACGAAUACUUCCAAUACAGCUACAUGGGUUACUCCUAGAGCACGCCCUUUUGUUACCCCGGGAGGAACAAGGGAGUGGAUGCCUUUGUGUUCUAAUGAGUUAACACCUGUGUUAGGGAUGACGUUUGAUAGUUUGGAAGAAGGGAUUAAAUUUUAUGAUGCUUAUGCCCUACAUUGUGGCUUCAACACUCGAAAGUCGACGACUAACAAGAACAAGAGUGGUGUUGUUGCAAUAAAAUAUUGCUUAUGCAAUAAGGCGGGUUUUAAACAGAAGCGUAAGACAAACAUUGAGGACAAACCGAAACAAAAGGAAGAUGAAAAAGCUUCUACUAGAAGAAGGUUGGUGACAAGAGUGGGGUGUAAAGCUCAGUUGGUUCUUAAGAUUCGGGAGGAAGGCGGAUAUUUUGUCAAAAACUUUUAUGAAGGACAUACCCACCCUCUUUACACCCCAAGUUGUAGAAAAUUUCAGAAGCAAGGUAGAAAAAUGACAAUUUUGCAUAAGAAGUUCAUAGUUGAUAAUUCAAAACUGAAUAUUGGGCCAACAAAAAGUUUUAGAAUCUUAAAAGAGAAUGUUGGUGGAUAUGAUAAUAUCGGGGCUUCAAAACAAGAUUUCAAGAAUUUCUCAAGAGAUCUAAAAGCAUAUAUUGAUGGCUCUGAUGCUCAAAUGUUUGUGGACAAUUUUAAAAUGAAAAAGUUAUUUUGGGGUGCCUUCUUUUAUGAUUUUGAGGUAGAUGAUGAACAAUGUCUUACUAAGGCUUUUUGGGCGGAUCCCAUUUGUAGGAAGAACUAUGCUUUGUUUGGGGAUAUGGUCUCCUUUGAUACCACUUAUGAGACUAAUCGGUAUAAUAUGGUCUUUGGGCCUUUUACUGGUGUUGAUCACCAUAAAAUGUAUCACAUUUGGUGCCGGUUUUACUGCCAAGGAAGACAUAAGCUCGUUUGAGUGGUUGUUUACCACUUUCUUGAAGGCAAUGGGAAAUAAUGAACCCACUUGUUUGAUAACGGACCAAGAUCCAGCAAUGAAAAUUGCAGUGAGGAAAGUUUUCAAAGAAACGGAGCACCGGUUUUGCAUGUGGCAUAUUAUGGAGAAGGUGUCUGCCAAAAUGGACAGAAAUCUUUUGAGUGAGACAGACUUCCAUGAAAAGUUACGAUUAUGUGUGUGGGACCUAGGGUUGGAGCCUUUAGAAUUUGAAGAAAAAUGGAACAAAUUGAUUGCUGAAUUUAAGUUGGAAAAACAUGAGUGGCUAACUGAGUUGUAUAAGAUAAGAAAUAUGUGGAUCCCGGCUUAUUUUAGAGAUUUAUUCUUGGGUGGGAUCAUGAAGACAACUUCGAGGUCGGAAAGUGAAAAUCACUUCUUUACCUCCUUUACUAAUCCCCAUGUUACUCUUGUAGAGUUUUAUAUGCGCUUCGAAACUGCGAUGGAUUCACAAAGACAAUCACAAGCUGAAUUUGACAAUGACUCAAAGAACAAAUUUCCAGAAUGUAAGACACCGUUGCUCAUUGAGAAGCAUGCUUCAGAGGUAUUUACGCACUCCAUAUUUUAUCAGGUUCAAGAGGAGGUGUAUAGUGCUUGUUUUCUUGUGGGAUUAUAGAGUUCAAAAGAGAAAAUGACUUAGAAAUGGCCACAGUUAAUGAGGUGAAUCGUAAAAGAACGUUUGAGGUAGUGUUUAAUAACACAAACUAUGAAACAAAUUGUUCAUGCAAGGUAUUUGAGAGACAUGGUUUACCUUGUAGGCACAUGGUUUGGGUAUGGAAGGCAAAGAACCUAGCCAUGAUUCCUGAGAAAUAUGUUCUUAACAGAUGGACUACAAUGGCAACAAAAAAGCCAAUAUUUGACUUGGAAGGCAACAUUUUAGACCAAUGCACAAGAAUGGUGGACAAGAAGAAAAUCUUGAAUGAGCUUUGGUCAGAAAUUUACAAUUGUGUAAGUGAGGCUGAGCAGAAUGAAGAAGAUAUUGCUGAACUUGUUAAAAACCUUCGGACCUUGAGAUUGGACAUGGAAGCCAAAAAGAGUGCAAAUAACACUCGUAGCAAAGCACAAGACAUAGAGCUCCUAAUUGGAUCUGUGGCUCCUAGUGAGACAACAAUCAAACCCCCUAAGAUAUCAAGUAACAAGGGAAGUGGCACUAGAAGCGGAAAAAGGAUCAAGGGAGAGAGGGAGAAGGCAAUUGAGCAACAUCAAAAGAAAAAGAGGUUAUGCAGCGCUUGUGGAGAGCUUGGAUACCAUGACCUUCGAAAUUGUCCGUCAAAGAUACCUUCAUGAUCUAAGUUAUUACGUGGUUCUCUUUUGUGAAUCAUCCAUAUCACAAGAUGGUGCACACAUCGACAGAGAAGCAGGAAUCAAGAUGAUGCUCAAACAAUGAAAGUGCUGAUCUUCUCCGUUUUUCUCUAGUUAUUUAUACCAGCUUACUUGAUAUAUAUGGGUCCUUUUUGAACUCUUUAAACUAGACUUCAAUUGUGAUAUUUGAAUAUACAUUUUUGCCUAGAAAAGAUUACCAAAUUGUCGUCUCUUUUUGGCUUCCAUGAUCUUUGUGAAUUUUGUUUCAUGAUAGUUCCAUGAUCUUCCCCGUU